AUGUCAAAUCUCACGAAACUUGAGUUUGUGGCUCUUGACAUUAUUGGAAAGAAUUAUUUAUCAUGGAUAUUAGAUGCGGAAAUCCAUCUAAAUGCCAAUGGUCUAGGAGACACAAUCAAGGAAGGCAACCAAGCAUCCAACCAAGAUAAAGCCAAAGCCAUGAUCUUUUUACGUCACCAUUUGCAUGAGGGGCUCAAGACUGAAUAUUUGACCGUAAAAGAUCCACUUGUUCUUUGGAACAAUUUAAAGGAGAGGUAUGACCAUCAGAAAACUAAUCAGUUCUCAACUGAAAUUAUGUGGAGAAAGAUCACUGAUGAAGAUAUGUUAGAAAAAACAUUUUCCACAUUUCAUGCAUCCAAUGUGCUCCUGCAGCAGCAAUACCGUGAGAAAGGUUUCAAAAAAUAUUCUGAAUUAAUUUCUUGCUUGCUUGUGGCUGAGCAAAAUAAUGAGCUUUUAAUGAGGAAUCAUGAAUCCCGUCCUACUGGCUCCACUCCAUUCCCAGAAGCGAAUGUAGUGGCAACUGAAUCAACCCGUGGCCAUGGUCGUGGACGUGGACGGGGUCGUGGUCGUGGCCAUGGGCGUAGCCGUGGACGUGGCCGUGGUCGUGGAGGUGGUCGUUCCCACCAGAAGUGGGCAAAUAAUGAUGAGCAUCACCAAAAAGAAUCUAGUGGAAAUAAUAAUCAUGUUGAAAAUCUUUGUUAUCGUUGUGGUGGCAAGGGUCAUUGGUCUCGUACCUGUCGUACGCCAAAGCAUUUGGUUGACCUCUAUCAAGAAUCGCUGAAAAAUAAGAAUAAGAAUAAAAAUAAAGGCAAAGAGCCAAAGGUGGAAACAAAUUUUGUAGGAGAAGAAGGCGAUUCUGAUUAUGGCAACAUGGAUGUUACUCAUUUGGAUGUUGCUGAUUUCUUUGACGAUCCUGAUGGAAGAAUUGAUCACUUAAUUGGUGAUGGAAGUGUUAAAAAAUGA